GGUCAUACUGGUGCCGGUGUAUAAAAUUAGUGUGCAAGAAGUGUGCUCAUUCGCGAAUAUAAAUAAAUUAAACAGCCAGUUUAAUGUUUAUAGUUUCCUGAUUUCGUGCUACCCCGUUAGAAUGUCCCUGCAAACGGGCUUGGCUUUCAUUUUCACCAUAUUAGCCUCUGUUAGUAUCGUCGCAGCAAUUAUUUUGUUGGGCUGGUUCCUCAUCUGGAAGGCGUUUCUAUCGAAAUUUCGUCUGGUUCGCGAGUUGUUGGGUCAGGAGGAGCCGGAGGAGCAGCAACCACUUGCUUGGGAUCACCAGAAUCAACAGCCACAACAGCACGGCCGAGCCAGGAAAGCUCGCCGAGACUAGGAAGCACUUAAUCCACAAUCCCAUCAACACAGCCUCAACAUGAACAUCCGCUGCGCAAAACCGGAAGACCUAAUGACCAUGCAGCACUGCAACCUGCUGUGCCUGCCCGAAAACUACCAGAUGAAGUACUACUUUUACCACG